AUGUCGACCGACGAGAAGCAGCACAGCCGCAACAACUCGGUCGUUGCGGCUGCCGGCCUGCACACCACCACCGAUGUCGAGCGCAUCGAGGCCCCCGUUACCUGGAAGGCCUACCUCAUCUGCGCCUUUGCCUCGUUCGGUGGUAUCUUCUUUGGUUAUGACUCUGGCUACAUCAACGGUGUUUCUGGCUCCGCAGCCUUCUACAAGGCCGUCGAGGGCUCCGAUGCUACCGCCCUGACCGACUCCAACCUGUCUCUGAUCACCUCCAUCCUGUCUGCCGGUACCUUCUUCGGAGCUCUCAUCGCUGGAGAUGUCGCCGAGUUCAUUGGCCGCAAGUGGACUGUCGUUGCCGGUUGUCUCAUCUACAUCCUCGGUGUCGUCGUCCAGGUCGCCACCACGCCCAACUCUUCUGCCCUCGGAACAAUCGUUGCUGGUCGUCUGAUUGCUGGUCUUGGUGUCGGUUUCGAGUCUGCCAUCGUCAUCUUGUACAUGUCUGAGAUUUGCCCCCGCAAAGUCCGUGGCGCUCUGGUCGCUGGCUACCAAUUCUGCAUCACUAUUGGUCUGCUGCUUGCCGCCUGCGUCGUCUACGGUUCUCAGCACUACGGAGACACCCGGGCUUACCGCAUCCCCAUUGGCAUUCAGUUCCCCUGGGGUGUCAUCCUCGGCGUUGGUCUGAUGUUCCUGCCCGACUCGCCCCGGUACUUCGUCAAGCGUGGCCGCCUCGACCGCGCUACCGACUCCCUGUCCCGCCUCCGUGGCCAGCCCGCCGAUUCCGAGUACAUCCAGGUCGAGCUUGCCGAGAUUGUCGCCAACGAGGAGUACGAGCGUCAGCUCAUCCCCAACACCACCUGGUUCGGUUCCUGGGCAAACUGCUUCAAGGGCUCCCUGUGGACCGGAAAGUCCAACCUGCGUCGCACCAUUCUCGGUACCUCCCUGCAGAUGAUGCAGCAGUGGACCGGUGUCAACUUCAUCUUCUACUACUCUACGCCUUCCUCCAGUCCACUGUUCCUCGUCGCCAUCAUUGGUGUCACGGUCGGUUUCAACCACACCCACCCAGACCCCUCGGACCCCGACGCCUCGAUCGCCGACAACAUCCCCGCCGUGAACGCCCAGAUUGCCUUCAUCGCCAUCUUCAUCUUCUUCUUCGCUUCCACAUGGGGCCCCGGCGCCUGGAUCCUGAUCGGCGAGAUCUUCCCCUUGCCCAUCCGCUCCCGUGGUGUCGCCCUGUCCACCGCCUCCAACUGGCUGUGGAACACCAUCAUCGCCGUCAUCACCCCCUACAUGGUCGGUGAGACGCACGGCAACCUAAAGUCGAGCGUCUUCUUCGUGUGGGGUGGUCUCUGCACCUGCGCCUUCGUCUACUCCUACUUCCUCGUGCCCGAGACCAAGGGUCUGUCGCUGGAGCAGGUCGACCGCAUGAUGGAGGAGACGACCCCCCGUACUUCCGCUGGCUGGAAGCCCACCACCACCUUCGCCGGUGGCCUGGAGCCCGGCGUGUCGGACAAGGGUCUUGUCGAGGCCGCCGAGCACCGCAGCUCGGCCGUCUAA